UGAGUUUGGCACUUCACCAUGCUCUUAUUGUUCUCUUCGGUCAGUCUUACCCAACUUGGAGACCCCGUCGAGCACGAACUUGAAAAUGUAGUUUAAAGAGAACAAGGAAGAAGCAAGGAACAGCAAUACAAAAUUAUAAAUGGCUACUGUAUUCUUAAUCGUCAGUUUCAUGGGAAGCUCAUUCAUGUCCAUCACUGGAAGCCUGGGGAUUUGUGGCAAAUCUUGCUGAAAACCAACUGCCCUCCACUGACUGUAGCAUUCCCAUUCAACCAAUGGUCACUCUACCUUUUUUCCCCCCCUUCCCAUCUGUCAUUUUAGUGGUGCAGUGAACCCCCGAGAUUUGCUGAUGCCUGUCUUUUUGGUGGAUUUUUGAACCGCACUAUUCUCCCGCUUUUGGUAGUGACCCCUUGUGAUUCAUCAUCAUCUGCUGCCCCCCACCCCCCUUCUUCUUUUGUGCUCUGCCUCUCCGUGGAUAUGACCUACUCUCUCCCUUACUCCCCACUCCCUACCACCAUUGAACCACCAACACCACCAUUACACUUCUUCUCCUCCCUUGGCCCGCAUACUAACUACUCGACAGUUUGCCUCAACCAACUCUUGGCUCAGUAUCCAAACCCUGUUCUGCCUCUGGAGAACUUGGGUCCUUCAGUUUAUUGCUGCGGAUGGAUGACGAUUGGUUUCUGUCGAAGUUCGUGGCCCGGCCUGUCCUCUCCAGCCAGUGUGGGGGGAAUGAAUGUUACAUGAAACGCAGAACUAAAAAAUUGGUGGUGGUGUUGUCAAUAAGCUUUGGUGGUACAGCUUCAUUCACUUGGAUUCUUGCGUCGUAACUUCUUAGAUGACUUCUCCGGCGAGAAGACAUUGUUAAAGAAUUUCCAGCUCUGAAUUGGAAUUCGAAAGACUAUCCAGUGUCAAUACUUUUGAAGAUGGUAACAGCCAAAUGUUUUGGAGAAGCCCAGCCUCUCAACCUUGAAAAUACAGCCUUAGGCCUUUUGUGUUUAAGGAUAUUUCCUGAUGUUCCAAGUGAUCUCAUCAUUGAAGUAGAUGGUGGAAGUUUUGCGUUGCACAAGUUCCCCCUUGUCUCUCGAAGUGGCAGAAUCAGAAAGUUACUUGCAGAGCUGAAGGAUUCUGACAUUUUGAGGUUUCAGUUGCUAAAUUUACCAGGAGGGGCUGAGGCCUUUGAGUUAGCAGCAAAAUUCUGUUACAACAUUAACUUUGAGAUUACACCAUCGAAUGUAGCACAGCUAUGUUGUGUGUCAGAGUACCUUGAAAUGACUGACGAGUAUGCUAAGGAAAACCUUGCAUCUCGUGCAGAAGCUUACUUGGAUGGUGUAAUCUGCAAAAGUCUUGAGAAAUCUGUCGAGGUUCUAUGUUAUUGUGAAAAACUGAUUCCACUGGCUGAGGAAUUGAGAAUUGUCAGUAGAUGCAUAGAUGCAAUAGCGUCCAUAGCAUGCACAGAGCAGAUAGCCUCUAGCUUCUCAAGACUAGAGUAUAGCAGUUCUGGGCGGCUGCACACAAAUAAGCAUCCAAAAAGCUGUUCCAGGGAAUGGUGGAUUGAAGAUCUCUCUGGCCUGGGGCUUGACAUGUAUCAUAAAGUAAUAUCUGCUUUGCGAUAUAGGGGACUUCAUCCUGAAAGUAUAGGCGCAUCUCUUAUGAACUAUGCUCAGAAAGUGUUGACCAAGAAGUCAAGCAUUUGGAAUUUAAACAGCCAAAGAAAGAUUGAUUUUAUUGGUUCAGUUGAACGUGAACAGAUAGAGCUAGUCGAAACAAUCACAAGUCUGCUACCUGUGGAGAAACUAGCUGUCCCCAUAAGCUUUCUGUUUGGACUUCUGCGGAGUGCAGUUACCUUAGAGUGUGCAAUUGCUUGCAGACUGGAUCUUGAGAGGAGGAUUGCAUCACAACUGGAUAUGGCCACUCUAGAUGAUCUGCUUAUUCCAUUGUGUAGGUACUCUGGUGAUACAGUGUUUGAUGUUGACACUGUGCAAAGGAUCCUGGUGAAUUUUUUGCAGCAAGAUGACAGUGCUGAUGACCUGGAUGAUGUGUCCUUUUGUGAAUCUGAUGGGCCACCUUCUCCCUCUGAAACUGCAGUUUUCAAGGUUUCAAGGCUAGUGGAUGCUUACCUUGCAGAGAUUGCUCCCGAUGCCAACCUGAAGCUUCCCAAAUUCAUGGCAAUUGCUGAAGCUUUACCGGCGCAUACACGUACUCAAGAUGAUGGACUCUAUCGAGCCAUUGAUAUCUACCUUAAAGCCCAUCCAGGUUUGUCUGACUUGGAGCGGAAGAAGCUAUGCAAAUUGAUUGAUUUCCAGAAAUUAUCACCUGAAGCAGGUGCACAUGCAGCACAGAAUGAGCGCCUUCCUGUGCAGUCGGUUGUUCAAGUUCUUUACUUUGAACAGUUAAGACUCCGCAAUGCCUUAUUUUCUGCUCAUGCAGAUGAAGAUCAGAAAAGUUUCUAUCAGUCUCAACGCAUUAGUAGUGGUGCUCUCAGUGCUGCCAUGUCCCCUCGUGAUAACUAUGCAUCAUUAAGACGAGAGAACCGGGAGCUAAAGCUAGAGCUAGCACGUUUAAGGAUGAGAUUAAAUGACUUAGAAAAAGACCAUGCUUGUAUGAAGCAAGAUAUUGAGAGAACAAGCUCUAAUAAGUUUUUGAGUUCAUUAUCCUCAAAGUUUAGCAAACUAAGCCCAUUUGGUAAUAGUAGCUCAACCAGAUCAACUUCAUCUUCAAGGCGAUCAUAGGCACCUGGGCUUGUUCUCUCUUGUAGGAUAAGGAAAACCUUAUCUUAGUUACAUUCAACUUUGUUUUUCCUUCUUAGCUAUGUAUGAGCACCACGUGCAGCAACCUUUUUCGCCUUAGCAGAAACUUUGCAGCUUUAACUGGCUUCCCAUAUCAUGUAUGUCGCUGCUGUACAUAUACAUUGAAUAUCUUUCACCAAUAUAUUGAUUCUAACUUCUGAA